CGCCGGGGUCUCGGUCUGCGACCCCGCGCCUCCAGCACCCUAACAGCCACUGGAGCCCCGGCGGGGUGGGCGGUCUUUCCCGAACAGCCCUGUCCGUGGACGCAUACAGGCGGACGCGCACAGGCGCCCGCGGAAGUCCCGCGGUUACAGGAUUGAAGGGGCCUCUGCGGGACCCACCUUCCUGAAUUCGGUCAUUUUUUUCCGUCUUUGGAGGGUAAGCUUUGAGGGGAUUGUCUGCAUCGUAACGCGGCCCUCGAACGCUCCCUCGCGGAUAUUUUGAAUAAGGGUAGUUGGGGAUAGUGAGCGGUGGUCACUGAUAGACGGGGUCGCUUUUGCAGAACAUCUGGAAGGGUUUUUAGGUAACAGGAGGGUAGCGGGGCGUUUAUGUCUGCCACAAAGAAAUAGCCAGAGAGAGGCAGACACCAGCCUUUCCCGUGGCUUGGGAGAGUCUGCACUCAAAGGUGGACUAGUUUUGCCUUGGCACCUGCGCAGACAUUCUUCCAAAAAUGUGAAGUUGAAUGAAUUGAUUAUAUUCUCAGAAAAAUGUUGCAGAAUGCUUUCUUGAAUCCCUUGUAUUAAUGUUAGAUCCCUUAAUGUGACCAACCCUAGGAUUGGGACCCUCCUCCCCAGUUCCAAGGGUUUCCCUGUAGAGGGCCUGGCUUGGUGUCCUCACUGCCUUUUCUUUUUCAGAGUCUGGCCUGUGAGGUUGGGAGUGGGAGAGGGUGGGGAGUGGGGAAUGGAGAGGGAAAAGCAGCCUAACAGCUUCCCCUCCCCAGUUCAGGGAUUCUCACAGAUUGCCUGCUUCAGAUUCUCUGUAAUAGAGGAUUACAGGUGCUUUAAGUCUACGUAUAUUUUGAAAACUUCAGUUUUCCUAUGAGUCACUAAAAGGAAAGACGCCUAUUUUAAAAUUUAAAUUUUUCUUUUUACUUUUUUAAAUGAGUAUACUUAAGACCACAGAGAGACUUUGGAGACAGUAUAGAAAAUUGCUAAAUCAGUGGUGAAAUAUGAGAACGCCCAAAUUCUGGAAAUCAGUGCUUUAGAAAAGAUUUACUUGAUAUAACACUUAUUCUGUUUGUCUUGUUGAAUCCUUGAUGAUAUUGUAAUUUGACUUUUGUAUUCUUAAAAAAAUGCAGUUUUUAGAUUUAAAUUGGCAACUAAGGUGACAUCGGCUGCAAAGAAUGUAAAUGUUUAUUUUACAGUAUCUCUAAAAAAAAUGUUUUUCUCUGUCCUUGAGUGAUAUUUAUUGGGAGAAAGUGUUGGCCCUUAACAUAAUUGGCUCUAUUAUUAGAAAGUUGUGUGUUUGAAAGCUGUAUUUUGAAGCAGAUCUUCAGUUCUCCUGCCCAGGCCACACUUUCUGAUUUUGGUAACCGCAGUAAGGUUUUUAGUUUAGAAAGCAACUUAAAUAAAGGACAUUUGGUAAUUAUUUCUGUUCAUUUUCAUCUUGGUGCUUCCAACAAAUUUGUCUAGCCUUUUAGGUCGUUUUGAAUCUUUAUUCUCUUAUCUGUAAUAUUUACACAACAUUUCUAGCGCUGUGAUGAUUGAAUACUUGGAACUUUUCAAAGUACUUCCUUUGUCUUCAUUUAACCAAUCUGGAAGAAUCUGGCGAUGCUGCAGAAGGUGGUUGUUUCCACCGCAGGCACCAGGUGGGCUUUGGGUGUUCUGUCUUUCAUUUACUCUGUCUUUGAAAAUGUUAUUCUAAAGAAAACUUUUGGAGGCUUCUUAGAUACUCAGAAGAUCCAAUUCACAUGGUCACCUGUUCCACCAAAUUAGUAAACAUAAUAAAAAGGAAAAUCGGGUUAGGAUGGUUAGCGAAGUCACUGAGUGGACUUUGAGUCAUUGUUACAUUCUUUCCCAAAUGCUAAUAAACCUUUUUCAGGCUCUAGAAUAUUGCAAUUGUAAGUUUGUCUCCUCACUUGAUGGGGUCUCAUAUUCUGGUUUUAAGUUCUCCUGUUGCUCAGAAUUCUGAUAGUGACUCAGAAAGAGCAAUCAAGUUUCUUCAGUACCCAGGGAAGUAGUUCAUCUGGUCCUGAAAACUCCAGGGAAUUGAUCUGAGACAGGUGCUUGCUCGCCAUCUUCUUAGGCUUCUAGUGAUUUACUGUUUAUGUACCAUUAGUAUAUUACUGCUGUAUUCUCCAGCAUACAGGAGGGCCUGCAAACACAGAGCUGUCUCGAUUACCCAGUAGAAAAGUUUCUGCGGUAAGUAAACUUAUGCGUGACAUCUGAUGAAGGAAACACAAGUCACGUGACUUGUUCCUUCUCUUAUUUGUGAUGUUCUUUUGAAAAUGGCGCCAGUAGCUCCUUUUCUGCCUACUUCUGGAGUGGAAUAUAAAGCGGGAGAACCAACCUUGACAUUACCUUGUAAAUACAGAUAGUGGAGGAAGAAAUUAAACUGUGGAUGUUGGAGCUCAAAUUCUUUCUCCCUAUUUGUUCACCAGAGCUCUGUUAGGAGUAAGAUUCAGAGAGAAAUUGAGACCUGACAGGUAGCACACAGCAGUCAAUAUUUUAGUGUGUUAAUGGGUUGUUUCCUCCACCUCCCCUGUACCAUUGAAUUUGACUUAUGAAGGUAGUAGAGUGCUUUAUUUAUUUACUUUGACUUUACAACAUUUAUUCAUGAUGCCAAGGCAGUGAGUAUUAUCCUGGUAUAGACCCAUUACUGUUUUCUUCCAUGUCCAUAGACUGCUCACAACUCUGGCAAGUUAACUUUGCCUGAAAUUGGUCAGACCUCAAAGACAGUAUGAAUGAAUGGAUUGAGUAUGAAUGAAUCAAUUACAUCUGUCAACAUAAGUGAAAAACGUAAAAAAAAAUCUACAGUUAUUAGAUAAGUCAAACUAUAUUCAAUUAAAUUUUUCUGUCUUCUUAUUUAAUUAUUGCAACUGUAGUGGCAUGUGCUCUUAAAAUCUGGAACUGAAAGAUUUACACAGCCUACAAAUAAAUGUAAGCUUGGACUACUUAGACACUUCGUAAAAUCUCUCCAUACGUGUUCAUUAAAAUAGAAAUAUUCAGAGCCCUUUGUUUGAUCCACGGCUUUCUUAGUAGAUCUUCUAGCCUGAUUCCUGGCAAAGGUUACCAUAUUGCCGCUCACCUAGCCAGUUGUUUGGAUGGACCAGUUUCCUCCCAAGUAGAAAACAGUUGUUUGGGAAUCAACAAUUUCGUAACAAAAUCCUUCAACAUAAUGCCAUGAUAGGCAAAUGUCCUAAGCAUAAAAGUCACUGGAUUUUUACUUAUACAUUCUGAUGAAUGUGUUUUUGUGGUAUUUUGCCAAGCUAGGAAGUGAGAUCAAAUGGAUGUUGGUGAGUACCCCAUGGCAACAGUUUGUUUGCUCAGAGUGAACUAUAACUUGGAAGCCUUCUUUAGGUAAGAAAGUUGGCAGUUUGAAAAAGCAACCGUCAGUUUUUUUAAACGAUCCUGUAUGUUUAGGUUGGAGUUUUUUAUAUAAAGGUUUUCAAGCUAAUAAAGAUGAAUUUGCCUUGCAUUCUAAGAUAUAUUUAACUGAUGUUCGUCGAUACUGACUUAAAUAUAAAACAUUUGACUUUUAGACGAGCCUUAGACUCUGAAAAUGAAUGUUCACAAAGAAAAAGAUAAUUAAAAUAUUAUUUUAAUAGGAUGACUGGUAUUCAUUGAAUGUCUGUCGUUUAUGGUGAUUCUGUCCGUGAACUGGCAAUUUAAUAUUUUGCUGAAUAAAGGAAACAAUCUGUCCAGGUUACCUAGAGUCACUUUAAUGUAUAGCACAGUCCUUUUGUUUACAACUCUAAGGCAGUUUGCUAACCUGACCUUUCAUUGAAAUCUUAUUUUCCUUUCGGCUGUGCUGCUUUUCCAGUAAGGGGUUAUAUUAGGGAUAACUCUUUUUGCGAUCACUUAGUGAAAUUUUAACAAUCCAUUCUAUAAGUUUACCAAAUGAAACACAUACAAGCAAAAUGCCCAUUAAUGUGCUUCAUAUCAGAUUUUAGGAUCCAUUGUUCAUUCUUUUACCUUACCGGGGCCAAUGUAUUUCAUUUUAGCAAAUUAAAAUUAAAGAGUAGGGCAGCCUUUUCAAAAUAAGCAUAUUUUGCCAAAAUAAGCAUGUUUUAAAUAUGCUUUGAAUUAUUGGUGUCAGCAGUUUGAUAUAUUCUAUAUUAUUGGGCCAAUUCUCAGUUAUGUGUAUAACUAGUUGAGUCGUAUUUAAUUUGUGUGGUAGCUCUUUGCCUCAUGCUUGAGAUACAACUUUGCACCUAUUUUAGUUUUCCAAACCCUAAAGAUGUCCUUUCAUUUUGUUCAGCAACUAUAAUUAUGGGUCAGCCCUGCUUUGGGAUCCAGCUCUCUAUUAUGGCUAAGAAGUAUUUCACAUCAGGCAGAGAUAUAUAUAUUUCUAACAUUCAAGGAUGAAAAGAGAGUUAAGUAGUCAAGCAAAGUUAAAUAAAGUUGAGAGCCAUUCCUACCAUUAUUCUGCCUCUCAAAUAAUUAUAUAUAUAAAGCACUUUGCAUUCUUAUGUAGACUAUAUGUACACAGUAACCCUAUAUACUUGGGUAUAUCUGGACUUGAAAUUUGUUGUAACUUAGGUGUGUCUCAAGCUGGCUCCUCCCUGGACAGUCAUCCUGCCUUUUUGUUGGGGAAGAAUGCUCAUCCCUUUGCUGUUUUACAUUUGCUACUGAGGGUCAGGUGUGUUGCUACGCCCAGUUUCUCUAGAGCUGCUGUGUCCUGGGUGUCACCUGGAAAUUGUGCUUCAAAUUAAGUAACAAAAUUAGUUUAGAAAAAUUCACUGGACAAUUUAGUACAACAAGAAUGACUGUAACAUUUCUUAAGCCUUUACUGUGUUCUGGUACUUGUGGACUUUAAUCCUCCCGACUGCCUUAUGAAAUUAGGUACUGCUGUUUUCCAUGCUUUUCAGAUGAGGAACCUGAGGCUUAAAUUUAUGCAGACAAGAUCACAUGGUUAGUAAAUGGCUGAGCUGGGGCUUUUCCAGGCCUCUGCUUUUGAUAAUGUUUUACUCUCUUUCAGGACCUCAGGAGUUGUUAGCAGAAUUGCAUGGUGAUGCUUUCUUCUCUGUAGGAGAUAGUAAGAAUACAGUAAUUGACCAGGAAUAAACCUGUGAGACACACCGCUUCUGUGGACAUUCCCUCCUGGAAGCCUCCCCAACCAUUCCCUCCCAUACACGAACUCAGUCACAUGUCAUUGCUUUAUUCUUCCAGUGUGACUUGUCCCAAUGUCAGGGAAGGCAUUUAUCAUGGUCUUUCACCAUUUGACCGUAGCUCUUGGAGAGCAGGCUCCCUCUUACCUCUGUAUCCGUAGCCCGUGGGAGUACCUAUCAGUGCAUGAUAGUGGAAGAUUACUAUUAAAAUCUGCUGAACUGUUUUUCAUUUUCUAAUGUUACUUUGUGCAGUUGGGGUACAGGUGUCUGAUGGAAAUGUGGAAAAUAUGAUCACAAAAUCUUUUAAUGUUUACAGAAUGAAGAGGAACAAUUUAUCUCUUGUGAAUAAAAUCGUCUGGUCUUCACCAGCAGUGAAACAACCAAAAGUUGGCUUCUUCUCUUCUCUCAAUCACACCCACAUGCACACUGUCCUUCUAGACUGGGGGAGUUUGCCUCACUAUGUAGUAUUACGCAUUUUUCAGUAUCUUCCUUUAAUAGAUCGGGCCCGGGCGUCUUCGGUAUGUAAGAAAUGGAAUGAAGUUUUUCAUAUUCCUGACCUUUGGAGAAAGUUUGAAUUUGAACUGAACCAGUCAGCGACUUCCUAUUUUAAGUCCACACAUCCUGAUCUCAUUCAGCAGAUCAUUAAAAAGCAUGCUACCCAUCUCCAGUAUGUUAGCUUUAAGGUGGAUAGUAGUACUGAAUCAGCGGAAGCUGCCUGCGAUAUACUUUCUCAGCUGGUAAAUUGUUCUAUCCAGACCUUGGGCUUGAUUUCAACGGCCAAGCCAAGUUUUAUGAAUGUGUCAAAGUCUCAUUUUGUGUCAGCACUUACAGUUGUCUUUGUCAACUCAAAAUCAUUAUCGUCGAUCAAAAUUGAAGGCACACCAGUGGAUGAUCCUUCAUUGAAAAUUCUUGUGGCCAAUAAUAGUGAUACCCUAAGACUCCUAAAAAUGAGUAGCUGUCCGCAUGUUUCCUCUGAUGGAAUCCUUUGUGUAGCUGAUCUCUGUCAAGGCCUUAGAGAACUGGCAUUGAAUUAUUACAUUCUAAGUGAUGAACUUCUCCUAGCACUUUCAAGUGAAACUCAUGUUAACCUAGAACAUCUUCGAAUUGAUGUUGUGAGUGAAAAUCCUGGGCAAAUUGAAUUUCAUUCUAUUAAAAAACAAAGUUGGGAUGCACUUAUCAAACACUCCCCUGGAGUGAAUGUUGUUAUGUAUUUCUUUUUAUAUGAAGAAGAAUUUGAGGCAUUCUUCAAAGAAGAAACUCCUGUUACUCACCUUUAUUUUGGUCGCUCAGUAAGUAAAGCGAUUCUAGGACGGAUAGGUCUUAACUGUCCACGACUAAUUGAGUUAGUGGUAUGUGCUAAUGGUCUUCAGACUCUUGAUACUGAACUUAUUUGUAUUGCUGAACACUGUAAAAACUUAAUAGCCUUGGGCCUCAGUGAAUGUGAAGUUAGCUGCAGUGCGUUCAUUGAAUUUGUAAGACUGUGUGGGAAAAGACUAACCCAGCUCUCUGUAAUGGAAGACGUUUUGAUCCCUGAUGACGAGUAUAGCCUAGAUAAAGUUCACACUGAGGUCUCCAAACAUUUGGGAAGAAUGUGGUUCCCUGAUGUCCUGCCUGUCUGGUGAUUGGCUUCCAAAGAUUCUUAAUUUUUUAAAAAUUAUUAAAAUUAGCUUCUUUCUAUGCAAAUAUAAAUUUUAACAUAUAUUGCUGAACUAUUUUAGGUAAAAUAUCUUAUCAUUUGCAAACUGUCUUAAUGGAUUGGAAUAGAAACAUUUGAAAAAAGUAUGAGAAAUGGACAACGCCAGAAAUUUCCAUAAAUAGGACAUAGAUCCUAUAUUGUGUGUUAGGUAGUUGAUAGGCUAAAAACUGCAUAUUGUUUGUACUUGAGUUCCUUAGCCUUUGCUGAAGGUACAUUUUAGCUUGCUCAAUAAAUUUAUAAUAUUGAGCUUUGGAUCCCUAAACUAUGACAUUUGUAACUUUAUACUGCUUUAAUUGCUUCUCUUUCAUCUUGGUAUGAGUAUGUUUUACAAGAUAUAUAGGAUUAAAUCCAAGAGUAAAAUAAAAGUAUAGACACAGAAGCUGACUUAAUUGUACUUAAUUUUUAGCACUACAUAAGAUCAUAUUAUAACUCAAUAAACAAUUUCUAAUUUCUAACACAUUGAAUUCU